AUGGUUUUUGAAAUGAAGAGGGUAUUUAUUACAGUUGGUACAACAAAAUUUGAUGAGCUAAUAUCUGAAAUUAUAUCGGACAAAGUUUUGAAUUUGCUACAAGAAAAAGGUUGUUGCCAACUUACUUUACAAAUUGGUAAAGGCGAGAUCUUAAUUGACAGUAGAAAAAUACAUGAAAAAUACGGUAUUAAUGUGGAAUACUAUCCCUUUAAGUUUGAUGAAAACUCUACAGAUAUCGUAAAUGCUGACUUAGUUAUAGGUCAUGCAGGCGCCGGUACAUGCAUUGACAUACUCACAAAUCAAAAACCUUCUUUAAUCGUGAUAAAUGAGAAUCUUAUGAAUAAUCAUCAGACAGAACUGGCAAUAGAAAUGGCGGCUGAAGGAUACUUAUAUUAUUGUAAUGUAAAACAAAUAGCUAAAUCACUUGAGCAUUUUGACUUUAAUGCAUUGGCGAAAUUUGAACUCUCAGAUAAUGUAAAUAAGUUUGUUGAUUGCUUAAAUAAAUUUAUUCAAUAA